AUGCGCUCGGAGAUCCCCAAGCGGCUGGCGAUUUCCAGCCUGGCGCAGCCCUUCCAGGAAAUGCAUCAGGAACGCCUGCCGGGCAUUCAGCGCCAGGCCGUCGAGCACGAACGCGAUCUGCUCCAGGGCUUCGAGGGUCAGCAGGAUCUGCUCCGGCGAUUGCUGGCAGCUUUCCAGCAGGUCGACGGUCAGCGCCAGUUCCGCAGGUACGCGUCCUCGAUCUGGCGGCGGCGGGCGCGGUCGAUGAUCAGGUGGCGUGCGGUGGUGGUGAGAAACGCCCGAGGCUCACGCAUGCCGCCCAAUGCAUCGCGGGACGCGAGGAUGCGCACACGAAGGUGUCAUGGAGAGAUCCGCCGCGUUUUGCGGGCAACCGAGCUUUUGCGCAGCCAGCCGAACAACCAGCCAUGGUGCUCGGCG